AUGCUCCCCGAGUCCCCUGCACGAACUGUUGCAGAUCGUCGUUGCAAGGACAAAGCUGAUCGUGAUCGGGCUCGUCGCCUCGAGGAAGAAGCUGCAGAACAGGAGCGUUCAGCAAUCUGUCAAGCCGCAUGCGAACAGGCCCUUGCAAUACUCGAGGAGGCGAACGUACCUUUUAUUGAACUCCUUCGCCUCGUGUCUGACCCCAGUGGUUAUCGCAGAAAGGAAAGGUACUGGGGUCUAUUCCGGGACCGAGUCGGUGUUGUCGAGGUGCUGGAUAUGUGGGUCUCUUCGCAAAAUAGUGCAACAGGAAGAGAGACCGUUCGCGAGUGGGCCUCUGCAUACAUCGCUCGACUGGUAGCUCGCGAAGGUCAUGCAGUGUGCAAGGACGGCUUCCUGCGUACCGAAAAAAAGGAGAUCAACGAACACUUUGCAUUGGACUUCAGCCUCGAGGCAUUAGCCGGAGAUCUCGAGGAUAUUUGUCCAUUGAUGAUGGAUCUGUUGUCCGCCUUCAGUACAUCCACAAGGCAGAAACAAAAGAGCACCGCGACGAGUCUGCAACGGCACCAAAAUUAUCUCACCACGAGCGCACUCAUCUGUCUCAGUGCACGCAGUCAGAAGAAUAACUACGCGCGCAAUGUCUUUGGGCUGUACGCGUACACUUCGGGGGCGAAAUGCCAGAUGAUCGAGCUGCUGUCACAUCUUGGGUUGUGCAGUAGCUACAAUACCCUCACCGGAAACCUCGGUAGUGGCCAGCAAGAAGAUGGCGGGAAGGACAACUCCAAGAAUACGGUGAAGAAGAAGCGAGUCAAGGGCAUUCUCAAGCGCCUCUCGGAUGCGUGUCGACGCGCUGCACGUGCUAACGCAUCGACACGUCUCGUCGCGUUUGUAUACGACAAUAUCAACAUGGUCUUCCGUGUCGCUGAGCAGACGAUUGGUCGAAAGGACACACAGGAGAACGGCACAUGCGCCACGGCAUUUGAGCUAUACGGUGCGACUGAAGAUGCCAUGCAGUGUGCGGACCUCAUGGCAGGGAUUGUCAAUGCGCCGCCACUCGGUCGUAAUGAUGUGCUCUUCACGCCUCAGGAGAGCCUCGACUUCAAAAGGAUUCUCCAACACAUUGUUCUCCAAAUCAUCGUGACACACGGCGGUGACAAUUUUUCACGCUUCACGAAGGAUGUCGAGGGCUUUGGCCCACUGCUUGAGACGCGCAUCCCUCUUCAUCAGACCCGAAUCUUUCCACUGCCAUCCAUGAAGAUUGACGAAUCAACCAUCGUUGGCAAUGCAGACCUGACGAAGACUAUCCUUGCAGAACUGGGGCAGGACAUGGGGGCAGACGGUUUUGGUGAUGUUGUCCGGGUCAUUGCUGGCGACCAGCUAUCCAUUGCACGUCUUCGUUCACUCGCGAAGAAUCGUGCUGGCCAUGACAACUUCACAAACUCUUACCUCUGGGCUGUCACAAUGCCUGGACUGUUCCACUAUAAGAUGGCAGGCUCACAUGGUGUUAUGGAGCUACACUACGGCAAGACCACGAGUCAUCGUAACCCCGGUUCACUGGCCUUCCACAACACUGUACUCGACCGCAAGCCGAUCACCCUCACAAGCCUCCCACCCUUCCGCGUCUGUCAAGAUCUCAUCUACGUCUCGUUGUAUGCACGGGUCCUCGUAUGCCUAGAGGCAGUCAGCGCAUGCGAGUCUCUCGAUGACUACGCGACGCAUGUGUCAUGGACGCGGCUCCAGGAACACACAGCCGAGAUCGUCGACCACUACACAGACGGCCGUACAGUGGGCCGCCUACGCACGGCUCGUGCGGCCGAAGCACCAAGCGGUCAGCCAAAUAACCACGAGGCUGAACAGCACAUACCGAGGGAAGGUGAUAUGGUGUACGAGAAUGCAUUGCUCUUCAUGCGUGAUUCUCUAGUUCUGCGUGCCUUGACAAAUGCAAUCAAAAUGGGUGUAUCGGGACGCAUAGUGUUAAUACUCAAGGCGUUGGCGUUGAUCUAUCGCGGAUCUGGACGAACAAAGUAUGCUCAGGAGGUAUUAUUCUUGAUACACAACUUAACUCACGUCUGGCCGGAGGGACUACGGAAAAUUGUCUUGAACAACUGGCUCGUGAACCCGACGGGCAAACCAGAUUCGUGGGUCGAAGUCGACCUCUUGCAGGAGCAUAUGAAUUUCUGGAUUAAGGUGAGUUUUACAAAGCUAGUGUAA